AUGGCGGGGGACAUCCCUGUGCCCAUAAGGCCGUCGUCGUCGUCGUCGUUCCCCCCCCCCCCCCCGCCCCGCUCCGCUGCAGCCGGUGAGCAGCCGCAACCGGCGCGGCGGCACCGGCACCGCGGUACCGGGGGGAGGGACGGGGACAAACUCCCCCCCCCUCCCUCGGUACCAUCUCCCCCCCCUCCCACCCGCCGCAUGCCAGCGAUGCACCCCCCGGAGCCGGGCCGGGCUGGCGGAGGCCCUUCCAACAGCACCUGGCCCAACUCUACCACAAGCGAGAGCCACCUCCUGAGGGAGAACUACACCUUCUCGGCAUACUACCAGCACUCCUCCCCCGUGGCUGCCAUGUUCAUCCUGGCCUACACCUUCAUCUUCCUCAUGUGCAUGAUCGGCAACAUGCUGGUGUGCUUCAUCGUGGUGAAGAACCGCCAGAUGCGAACAGUCACCAACAUGUUCAUCCUCAACCUGGCCAUCAGCGACCUGCUGGUGGGCAUCUUCUGCAUGCCCACCACCUUGGUGGACAACCUCAUCACGGGUUGGCCCUUUGACAACACCAUGUGCAAAAUGAGCGGCCUGGUGCAGGGCAUGUCUGUCUCUGCCUCCAUUUUCACGCUGGUGGCCAUCGCUGUGGAGAGGUUUCGCUGUAUUGUCUACCCCUUCCGGCAGAAGCUGACGCUGAGGAAAGCCCUGGUGACCAUUGCCAUCAUCUGGGUGCUGGCCCUGCUCAUCAUGUGCCCUGCUGCCAUCACCCUGACCGUCACCAGAGAGGAGCACCACUUCAUGGUGGACACCUACAACAACUCCUACCCCCUCUACUCCUGUUGGGAGGCCUGGCCCGAGACGGGGAUGAGGAGGAUCUACACCACCGUCCUCUUCUCCCACAUCUACGUGGCCCCCCUUGCCCUCAUCGUCGUCAUGUACGCCCGCAUCGCCUUCAAGCUCUUCAAGUCAGCGGCGCCUGCCCACGGCCAAGAGGAGCCGGAGGGGAGGAGGGUCUCCCGGAGGAAGGCCAAGGUCAUCAACAUGCUCAUCAUCGUCGCCCUCUUCUUCACCCUCUCCUGGCUGCCCCUCUGGACACUGAUGCUGCUGAUGGACUACGGGCGGCUGAGCGAGGGCCAGCUCCGCCUGGUCACCGUCUACGUCUUCCCCUUCGCCCACUGGUUGGCUUUCUUCAACAGCAGCGCCAACCCCAUCAUCUACGGCUACUUCAACGAGAACUUCCGACGGGGUUUCCAGGAGGCCUUCAGGGCCCCUUUCUGCUCGCCCCACCGUCCCCGCCACCGCCCCCGUGGGCCCUACACCCCCAGGAGCCACGGCCGUGGGAUCUUCUUCUUCGCCCCGCGCAACCGCGUCUUCGCCCAGGCCCGGGCCAGCGACUCGCCGCCCGCCUCCGAGUCCGGGCCGCUGGCUCCACGCCACGCCGGCGUCCCCGCGUGGGACGGCUGAGCGGCCGCCUCCGGACCCACGGGGCGCGCGGGGUGGGGGAGCGAAGGGGGGAAUCCACCAAAAUAAACGGCGCGUCCUUGCCGGCGCCGC